UCCUUAGUAGUGAAUGUAUUUUAUAAUGUUAUAUUCAUAUAUAUUUGUUUGUUCAUCGGUACCCUCAUUAUCGUGCAAAUGGAUUUGUCUGGUUGUUUGGCUGUUCAUGUGAUCGAUUGCGACUGGAAUUUGUGCAGGCCCUUAGCUCAAAUACUAAUUUAAGUACUGAUAAAGUGUAAGCUAUCCAAAAUGCUUACAUAUAUUGGCAAUGGAAAGAUUUUUGGAGACUUAUGAUAAAAAUUUGGGAAUAACCUCACAAGAAUCAAGUUUUUUGAAGAGUAUGCUAUUGUUCUCAAAAUGCAGAAUAAAUUGUGGAAAAAUCAGGAACAUCUGACACAGUAGAUCAUUCAUACUGUGGAAUGUUUCCCUAAAGAGGUUUUUACUUGCAGUCAUUGAUUAAAUUAUAAUAUGUUCUACGAUAGCUCCUUUCAUGUUACAGGACUUGUUUAAAGCCGUUAGUGGUGGUCCCCACUGGAUUGCUGUAAAAGCAGUCAUUCGCGAAUGGGGCGUGUGCACAUUUACUUAUUCUAAAGUAGCACUACCUCAAGCAGAGCUAAGAUGUUCUAAUUGUUCAUCUUACCUCUGCAUUCAUGUUACAACUCUUGGGAAGGCGCUGGAAAUCGUACAAGAUGAUGACGACUCGCAGCUAGCAUAUUUUAAGUUAGCUUUCGAAACCUCACCUGAAAUGAGAAAUUACUACGAGUUGGCAACUCGUAGUGAAAAAUAAGUUAAAUUAUUUGAAAUAGGUUGUGAUGAGAAUGAUGCCAAUCAUUUUGCUAAGCUUCUGGCUAUGAACUGGUCAAAGAUAUUCGUACCUAGUGCUUGUGGUACUUGCUCUUGUGGUGCUGCUUGGGAUAAGUGUGAUGUAUCAGAUGACUGGCUGGAUGUGGAAGGCUGUCAUGUGGCGUAUCUUUAUGAUUUCCGCUGUGUGAAUGUGUAUUAUCGACCGUGUUCUACAUGCACAAACAAGAAGCGGUACGAUGGUAUGGAGAACAACGUCUUGUGGUUUGGAUCAUUUUCCAUUUCGCAUGCAGUCCUCAAAGAUUAUAUAAGGCAUUUUUUGGUUUCAAGCCUGCCCAUGUAUAAAUAUUACGUGACGUACGUCCAAAGACAAGUUAUGUCAGGAAAUUUGAAUUUUUCUGGCAUUAUAACUUACACCAAGUUUCGUCUGGCAGUUACUGCAAUGAUUAGAUUACUUGACAUUGACUUUGUUGACGCUUUUCAUUGUAACAUAUGUGGAAAACAUACGAAAAAAGUUGUUAUGGACGGUACGGCACUUGGUAUCCAAAAAACCUUCUUGCCUCGUAAGGUAGCUCCCCCAGAAGGCCCUACGAUGGAUGGAAGUAGGUUCGAAACGCAAAACUUCCUCAAUCGGAAGAGGCAGAGAGAGUUGUUGAAGAAAUUUAUAAAGAACCAAAUUACAGAAGACGAACUCGUGGAAUUAACCUCGGAAAUUUCAUCUCCUGGCCUAAAAGUGCUAAUCGUAUCCCUUAGAGAGGAACAUUUUGGUGUCACGUUUCCAGAACCUUGCAUAAGACUUCUCAAAGCACUUGCGUCAGAUAAACCUGUUUGUGCAAUUGUACCUGCUGUGAGAGAGGUGAAGGAUUUUUUGAUCAGAAUUGUCAACGGAGCAAAUCCAAAGGACAAUCCAUUGUCUGAUUUACAACUUUUGCACGAACAGGUCCCCCUCUUGUUUUGUCUUUGCAAUCAUUUUGCAGAGCUGCCAAACCCCAUACGUGUUUUGUGUGGGGAAAUGGUCGCCAAAGCGUCCAGUCCCUUUACUGACCAAAACGGGUGUGAGCGUUUGCCCCACAACCUUCGUCAAGUUCAGUGUGAUGGUCAGUUAGGUUUUUUUCCAUCUUUGCCUUCUCUUGUUGAACGUGGGCACUAUGUUCUUGACACAAAAAGAGCUGGUCAUUUAGAUGAUUGUGCCAAAGGCGUUCGUUCAAAGAAGAAGCAUGGGUCUUUAAUUCCUGGGAUAUUCCUUAUUUUAUGUCCGCACGGUAUUUAUUACGGCUUUCAAGUGAUGCCCGAUCAUGAAUCACCCAAUGUUCCUUUUACCAUUUUAAGAACUCGAUUUUCUGAAGCUCCUGAACUAGUGAUCUAUGACAACGCGUGCAAACUACACGAGUACUGCCUUAACCGCAAUCCGGCUUUUUUAAAAAAAUCCAAAUUCAUCGUCGACAAGUUUCAUUGGAGAAACCAUUCUGGUUGCUCUGAGGGAUAUGAUAUUAAUAGAUAUCCCAUUUUAAAAACGCACAACAGCCAAGCUGCAGAGCAGUGUAACUCUGUAUUGAAGCCAAUUGCGUCAAUGGUUUCAUACAUGGAAUAUGACAACUUUUUGCUAUUUUCGAAAUUGUAUAUUUGGUACAGAAACAUGUUGCGCAUAAUAAAAUGCAAUCCUGGACGGGAUGUUCCAGAGAGGGAAACGUUUCUUCCAAUCAGCAAUAUUAUCAAAUAAGUAGUAUUUGAAAACCAGUAUUAUUUAAUUGGGAACCAUGUUGAAACGAAAUGCUAACACCUUGGAAUAAACAAAAAAAGUCUAAGUAACAGUUGAAAUAUUCUUCUAAAUUCAUCAUUUUUAAAGAAAAUACGUCAUAUUUAUGACAUGUCUGCGUAACGUAUAGCUGUAACAUUUUGUCCUCAAACAGCUUCAUAUUUUUCGCAUUUAUAGCAUAAUGAGAAAUUUUGGAUAUGAAAAUGAAUGAAAUCAAUUUUAAAAUGUUGAAAUCAUAACUCGCACGAUAUUAUAGCUUUUCAACGUCAAUGGAUAAUGCUGGUACUCAUUAGUUAUUAAGUAUAUAUAUUUACUCCACGAUUCUUGCACCUCAUGACACAAUCAGAGUUUAUAUGAAGAAGUAAUUGAACAAAUGUGCCGAGCAUUGACCAUUUAUAUAACGCCUGUUUUUCAUUGUGUGUAAACAGGUCGACUGUUUGUUACAGGGACUGAAGAAGCUUUUUUAGCUGAGUACGUCUUCCCUCACUGUUUAUAUUUUCUAUCGAUGAGUUGAUGCAUCCCUAAAAUAUGAUAAAAUUAUCUGUUAUAUGUCACAUACUGGAAUAUGUUGCUUUUAAAUUAUUUGCGUAUUUUGCGACAGCAAAUGUCUACAUAACAAAAUACCUCCUUUAUUAUUACUCUUGCAAACUCUAACAAAUAUACGCCGCAAUCGUGACCAUUUUUUUGCCUUGCAACCUGAAUGGUGAUUAAAUAACAACGUUUGUGACAUAUCCAUA